AUGGCAAAUGUACCAUGUACUCUGGUCGUGAUGACGGGUGACAAAAUUAAUUUUCCAAAUAGUGAUGUUUUGGUUGUAAUGAGAGAGAUGUUUCAAUACGGUGUUAAGGAAAUUGUUGAGCGGGACGGUAAGGUCUAUGUCCACUUAACCUACUCGCCCAAAGCUAUAACCCUGAAGCGGAAAUUUGGCAAUCUGCCUCUACGUUAUAUGAGGACAAAAAUAAACAACGAGGCAGAUUUCAAAAUUCUGGAGAAGGUCGUGAAGCGGUAUCGUUUCAAUCUCUUAGAUGAAGAACCCAACGAGGUGGCUGCUAUUGUACAGCAAAGUAGUGGCGUUGAUAGCAGCUCGAAGAGGAAGCUGAAUAUCGAAGAGAUAUACUUGUCCUCGUCAGAUGAGGACGAUGCUGCUGCUGCUGCUAGUGUCAAAGAGAACAACAACAACACGAAGAGAGCCAAGACAGAGGAGGUAUUAUUUUUAUUAUCCGAGGCGGCUGCAACUAUGGACCAACCUGGAACUAGCAGCAGCAGCAGCAAUAGUCAUCAGUGA